CACUACCGACGUCGAUGAUUUUGAUGUUUCUUUUCACAAGUCGACUUAGACAUUAAGCACUAAUUAGACCGAUCAUUUUACUCGUGACACGCGUAUAGGUGGAGCGUGAUAAACCGACAUUUACGAAGUCGAGAUUUUUUACCGACUUGGUGCCGAAAAUCGAGAGAACGGCAGAGACGCGAGAGAGAGAGAGAGAGAGAGAGAAAGAGAACUAAUCACCGCCGGUGAAAAUGUUUUACACCCGUGCCAAGUGUCGUCUGAUCGGGAUUGCCCUUUAGCACCCGAUAUACGUAAUACACCGUCUGCACACGCUACCACUAUCGGAAAGUUCUUGCGUAAAAGAAUAAAAGAAAAUCGGCUAGUAUCUCCGUGUAGAGUCACCAAGUUGGCCGGCGGUUGGUUAACUUUGCGGCGGUUUGUUAAUCGGCGACUCAUGAAAAAGAGAGCAGGCAUCUCGGCAGGAGAAAAUCAUUUAUCUUAACGACGACGACGACGACGUUGGAUACGAUUAAACGACCGAAACAUGAUGUGCAACUCGAGCAGAUAGUGACGUCACUCGGUAGACGCGGCAAAUUCAUGCUGUCUGGGUCACCUCAAUUCGCAGUGGAGUCUGAAACUUUGUUGACUGUUUAACCAAAAGUUCGCUUAAUCAACAUGAGUCAACUACAAACUAAUUUGAUAGCUGCCGCUAUCGGGGCAACUAUUGGAGUAAUAAGUGCGGCCAGUAUUUUUAUUUAUCAUAAGAUUCUGGAGAACAAACAGCGUCCUAUGAUGAAUGAGAACUACGAGGAGCUCAGUCGUCGACUUACAGAGUUGCAAGAAGAACUGGAAGCACUUAGGCUGCAGCAAAAUCAACAGAGAAAGAAGAAACUCAGUCGUAAACGUGUUCCUAAUGACAAUACAUUCACCGCAACGGAUAAUGAUACCGAUAUGGAUGCCUUUUCAACAGCUGGCACAGAUGUUGGGAAUGAUGAGUUCUUCGACUGUUCAGACAGUGAAAAUGGCAUAAGUGACAUAGAAACUAGGUCAACAGAAGCCACCUGCCCUGGAUUAGAUUUUACCACUUUGGACACACACAUUGAGCAGGAGGAAUUCCAGAAGGAUAUUUAUCUUGAGCUACAAAAUCUUGUAAACACUUAUCCAAAUAAUAUAGAUAUAGCAUGGAGAUUCGCCAAAAGUUGUUUCAAACACUCGAACGAUAUGGACGAUCAAGUUGUAAAAGGAACUAUUCUUCUCGAGGGGAUUAACGCCUGCAAAAGAUUUCUCACAUCAUCAAACGCCGAUCUGCACAAGUGGUAUGCCAUAUUGAUAGGAGUGCACAGCAAUUUUUUAUCAAUAAAAGAGAAGAUACAGAGCGGUUUUGAGUACAGAAUACACAUAAUGAAAGCCUUAGAGAUACGCCCGAAUGAUGGCAUGCUACAUCAUCUACUUGGUAGAUGCCUGUACGAGUUCGCUAAGUUAAGUUGGGUGGAAAGAAAGGUUGUAACCACGUUGUAUUCAGAGCCUCCAAAUGUCUCGUAUAAAGACGCGCUAGAUAACUUCGAGAAAGCGGAGACGUUUUCGGACAAAGUGAAUCUGGAGAAUCAGUUGUACAUAAGCAAAUGUUACAUAGCAAUAAGCAAUUACGAGCAGGCUAUUCACUGGUUAGAGAAGAUUUGCGACCCCCUGCAAGUCGCUGCAAAUAAAGAGGAAGAGAAAAUACAGGACGAAGCUCAUAAUCUUCUCAACAAAUACUCCGUCUAUAAAAAAGAUAGCUAAAAGAGAGUGUUGAUAGAUCUGUUAUAUUCAUUCCAUACGUUUAUAGUAUAAAUAUGUUACAAGAAUCAACAUGUCACAUAUAUAGAUACAAAGAAAAGCGUGCAAACAAUUUUAAUCAUGAAACAUAUAAAAAGUAGGAACGUCCCGUAAAUGGUGUUACAAUCGAAAAGUAAUCGUUUUUUUUUUUCAAAAAAAAAGAAGUUGACAAAAUAUCUAAAUAAAAUUUUUUCAAUAAAAUUAAAAACAGUUUUGUUCUCGAUGAAAUUGAUCUUAAGAAAUUCAACAAUAUUUUCGCACUAUUUUAAGUUUGGAUGAUACUCAAAUUCUAAAUAUCCAAUGAUGAUUCAGAUAUAUUGCUAAAGUCAAAGUUUGAUUGAUAAUACGAGUAAAAUGAAUAUUUUUCCAUCAAUUAUUAUAUAAUGAGAAUUGAGAAUAAUAUAAAUUAUUGAAAAAAGAUACAUAUGAAGAAAAUUCUAUAUAGAAAUUAAAUACAUUUCGUACCGCGUAGGCCAUUGAUAGUUCAUUCUGAACUUUUCGUUAAAGCCAUUUGAUAUUUUGGUUGUAGAACGAAACAACUAUAAAAUAUUUUAAUCAUUAUUACGAGACACGUAUUAUUAGACAAAUAAAAUUUGGCUCGUAAGAAAAUAAAAUAAGCCACCGGUAGCCUAAAUAUGGCCUACGUGAUGUAAAUGACGAGUCACAUAAAGUUAGUACGGAACGUGUUAAGUAAAUACUUCUUAUUAUUUUGAUAAAUAAAAUAUUUUUAUUUAUAUUUUUAUUUAUAUUUUUAAUAAUCGCUGUCCAGAUGAAUUUAAUGACAUUGAUUAUUAAUUUUUCAUUUCUUAAUAUUAUAUA